GAGCCAAGGAAGCGCGUUUGACGCAAGGACGAACAGGACCCACAGUGAUAGGGAUCAAAUAAUAAGGUGCACAGACACCACGCAGCAGCGGGAGGCGAUCCGUGCGCAGCCGCAGAGGAGCGGAGGUUCGGCUGCAGCAGACAUGGGACUGCGCCUCUCCUUAUAGCGGAACCAGGCGACCUGCGGACCCGAGGGAGGACAGGCACCGGGCGCAGACAUGGCCCACGUAGGCAACGGAGCGGCCGCAGAGGAGGAGGACUGCUUCGAAGAUGCCUUCGACCGGAUACCUGCGUCAAGUAACAUGGACCUGCAAACUGCUAUUCAGGAGACUCAGUGUGCUCUCAACCUGGUCCUCAACAACAAGUUUUCUCAAGCCCUGGAUCUCCUCAAACCAUGGUGGAGGGACAGCAUGUACCACGCUCUGGGUUACAGCAGCAUCCUGGUGAUGCAAGCGACCAUGACCUUCGAGCACAGAGACAUCCAGACUGCCAUGGCAACCAUCAAGGAGGCGUUGCAGACCUGUCAGAGGUUCAGGAAGAAGAACUCGAUGGUCGGGUCUUUGUCAGGGCUGAUCAGCAAGCAGUCCAACCUGCAGGAAGAAGAGAUGCACGCAGAGCUCUGCUACGCCGAGUGUCUGCUGCAGAAAGCAACACUGACCUUCGUACAGGAUGAGAACAUGAUCAGUUUCAUCAAAGGAGGAAUCAAGAUUCGAACCAGCUAUCAAAUCUAUAAGGAUUGUCAAAAUGUGCUGAAUGUUACACAAGACCUGGCCAGCCAGUCGGAUUCAUUCAGACAGUUUGAGGGCGGAGUCAAGCUGGGCAUUGGAUCGUUCAACCUGAUGUUGUCUCUCCUCCCUCAGAGGAUUUUGAGGUUGUUGGAGUUUAUUGGAUUCUCAGGAAACAGGGGGUUUGGUUUGUCCCAGCUGAGAGAGGGAGCCUCCAGCCACAGUCUGCGGUCGAUCCUCUCCGCUCUGACUCUGCUCUUCUACCACACAUAUGUCUCACUCAUUCUGGGAACUGCUGAGGGGAAUCUGGUGGAAGCUGAAGCUCUGCUGGAGCCGUACCAACAGAAAUACCCCAAAGGCUCCAUAAUCCUCUUCUACUCUGCUCGCAUUGCUGCGCUGCGAGGAAACUUUGAGAAGGCCCGGGCCAAGUACGAGGAGUGUGUGAGCAGCCAGCAGGAGUGGAAGCAGAUCCACCACCUGUGUUACUGGGAGCUGAUGUGGACUCACUCGUACCAGCAGGAGUGGCAGCAGGCGUAUCACUACGCUGACCUGCUGUGCAAGGAGAGCCGCUGGUCCAAGGCUAUCUAUGUUUACCAGAAAGCAGCCAUUUUAAGCAUGAUGUCAGAGGAGGAGGCGAAGAAGACUGGGGAGAACGUUGUGGAACUCUUCAGGCAGGUGGAGGGGCUGAAGCAGCGCCUGGCGGGGAAGUCCAUCCCCACAGAGAAAUUUGCUGUGAGGAAGUCCCGACGCUACAAAGCUGCUAACCCCGUCCCCCUGGUCAUCCCUUUACUGGAGAUGAUGUACGUUUGGAACGGUUUCACCAUCGUUGGGAAGCGUGCCGACUGUACCGAGCCCCUGCUGGUGACCAUAGAGAAGGCUGAGGAGCAGCUGCGCAACGACCCCAAUCCGUCAGAGUUUCAUACAGAUGACAGCUGUCUGGUCCAGAUGUUGAAAGGACUCUGUCUGAAGCACCUGGGCAGGUUACUGCAGGCUGAGCUCUGCUUCACACAGGUGCUCUCCAGUGAGGGCCGAAUCAGAUAUGAUCACUACUUGAUUCCUUUCACCCUUUACGAGUUGGGUCUGCUGUACAAACAACAGGGAGACGUCCUCAAGGCCACCACAUACAUCGAAAACGCCAAGACGAACUACAAGGACUACUCCAUGGAGUCCAGACUGCACUUCAGGAUCCACGCAGCCCUCAACAGCCUCAAAGGAUCACCUGCCGGGACCCCAUAAAUACACAAAAACAACUCAGGCUGCAGCUGUUCGCUCAGCUGGAGUGAAGGAAGAAGUGGGAGGUGUGUCUGGGUUUUGAGAUUACACAUCCACCUGGGAUUUUUUUUUUUUUCUUGCUCUUUCUUACCUUUUACAUUUCUUAUUUAUUUUUAUUUUUCUGCAGUUUGGAAAGAUGAGAUUAUAUUUGCUUCUUCUACCAGUUAAAAUGGAGAUUUUAUUGAUAGAUGCAGAGCAAUGGUUCAGUCCGUGCAGGCUUAUCUGUAACUGAAAAGUUAAUGAAGACUCUUUUUGAGUCCACAAUGUUCUUUCACUAAGAGAAACUUUUUGCAUAGGAGGAAAAAAUAUUAAGUCCUCAAAUUCCAUUAGGUAGUACCUGAUUGGACUGCUGCACUUUUUCAUCUAAAAGCACAAGUUAAAAACUAGAGAUUAUUUGUCAGACCACAAGAGGGGGCUACAGAGUGAAAAAACAGCUAGGAAAUCCAAUCAGCAGGUUCAAAAAUUUCUCUUUUGUAGCUCUGUGUUAGUUUCCUUCUUUGUCAGAAUGGGCCAAAAACUCUCAUCUAUCUUUUAUAAUUCUCAUCAUGGAUGGGUCACAGUAAAUCUUUAUAGGGAGGAAUCAUAAAUACUGGCUGACUUCAGUUUGGAGCAUGUGGAAACUGCUAAAGCUGAACAGCAGGGACACACAGUAUAUACUCUCUAUAUAUAUGCUUUAUAUUUUCUUUGCCUUUUUCAUUUCCUACAUGGCACACAUGCACGUGGUACACAAAUGUGUCCGUGCACAAGCAAUCACAGCCUUCUCACCGACUGUGGCUUAUACAAAAACACAGAUAAGGCGUAAUACACUCAUUCCAAGCUCAUACAUACUGGGCAAUAUGCAGAUUUAAAAGACAAACACACAAAUGGCUGUAGACGCACACAUUUAACAGCAAUACAAAAGGAUCUGUGCUGUUAGUAAGUUGUGAGUUAUUCUGUCGGUCCGUGAGCGUCCACGUUGUGUUUCUCAAACGCAGAGCGGCUUUGGAGGCAGCGAUUAUCUCUUAAGCAGACUGAAAUAAAAAGCUCAAAAACAAAACAAUCUAACAAAGUCCGACCAGCUGGACUCACCUGGAAAUAGAGUAGUGGAUAACACAUUUGCUUGGCAAGUAUAAGGUGUUGGUUCAAUUCCAGCUGGACAUAAAUUUUUUUUUUUUUUUUUUUUUUAGUGUUAGGAACUGUAUACUGCAGUAUAAAACUGCCAAAUCAAACAUACAGAGCUACCCAUUAUGAUAAGGGAGCAGCUGAAAGUAGCUAAUUUCAUUAAAGAAAAUAAGGUAUGACCCAAACUUGACGACUUGCUACACCCCUGAUAAGUAAGCACUGUUCUGGCCACCAACCUCAAACGUUAGCUUUUUUUUUGCUAGGCAGAACAGAGAAAUUACUUAAACUUUAUGAGCAGUAAAACAUAAAAGAAGAAGCCAAUGAGAAACAAGCCAACGAACAUUUGCAAUUCUAUUACUACUAAUAAUAAUAACUGGAGUAAUAAUAAUAAUAAGUAGCCCAAAUCAAUUCAAGCUUUGAUUUCAAAAGUUUUUUUUAAAAUCAAAACAAAAGGCUAACUGCAAUAUGUGCAUUAUAUACAUGUAUUUUCCAGAAUUUGCGUUUUUUUUUUUACGUGUAUGCGAUACAUUUUGGAAGCCAUAAUUAUUUUUCUAGUUGCCUUAGACUGAGAUUAGACUUGGUUGUCAUCAUGCUAGCACUGCACAAGUGGCAAUCUGUGCUCCACUCCUUUUUUGAGCAUAAAGCUUGAGUUAAUGAUUACUCAGUCAGAAGGAAUGUGGAUCAUUAUCAGCUCAAAGAGAUGAUUUAUUCACACCGAAGCAGCUCUGCCUUUGGGAAAUAUUUACAAAAUUAAACCUCUCCACACUCCAUAUUUACUCAACCCUCCGCUGGGAAAAAAAAAAAAGACUAAAGGGUUUACGUUCAUCCUGGUGGACGUUCUCAAUGAUUACAGCUUUGGUUAUGAUCGCACAUGUUAUGGAAGAUGACUGUUUGUUUCCUUGGUUAUAUUGUAUUGCUUUCUGUUAAAUACCUGUUGAGUAUGUAGCUCUACAACAUACUUAAAGAGCAGCUCUAGUGUCUUAUCGUGUACCCAUGAAUCACAAGAAGCACAAUCUAUAUUGUCCAAACAAGAUGUUGUUAUUAUUAUUAUUAUUAUUAUUUUGAUAUGCUGUAUGUUAACACAACAGAGAUUUAAUAAAAUCUCAGAGGACAGUGAAGGAAAGCUUACCCCUAAAAUGUUCUAAACCUCACUUAAAAUGUCUGAAAAACCAGUACACUAAUGUUUUUUCUUUGUUCUUGAACGUCGGCUUAACCACAUCUUUGCUUCUGUUUCAAACGUCAGUGCAAAGAACUUUGAGUUGUACUUGAAUAACUGACAGUUAGCCUUCUCCAUUCCACGAAUGUAACAACCUGAAGACCAAAUUCUCCACGUGCAUCUUUCUGGAUGUGUGUUUCUAUUUUAUUUAAUGUGUGUUUUCUGUGCCUGUAAGUGUUUGGAUGUGAUUUGCUUCAGGCCUGUGUGAUCUGAAACUUUAUUGCUCAACAACAUAAAUUAGCCAAUGUGCACUGGUAAUGCUUGUAUCAAUAAUAAUAAUAAUAAUAAUAAGUGGACAUAAAAGACCACAGGCUUAUGUCUAAGAGUGGUAGCAAUGAAAAUGGUCCAGUCCCAGUAUUGUCCUGUAGUAUCCUACACUAUUACAGUAAUUCCUAGCAAAAUUAUAGCUAAAAUUUCAGAUUUAGGAAAAAAAUAUUUAGGAAAGGUGAAUCUGCCUCUGUAAGGAUUGUUAAAAGGAUUAGGUAGGUUUUAAAAGAUACUUCAUGGUUCUCUGUGCAAUAAAAUGUAGCUUUAAUGGUACAAUAUGCUGUUUUAGCUCCUGCUGCCACCCAAACAUUUAAUAGUUAAUUUAUGAAAGAAAAGGAAAAAAAAAAUGUUACAUGUUGAGCCACUCCUUGUUUCUUUGUAUUUUGCUUCCAAGGAGCUGGAUUUUCUCAGCAUUCAAAGCGGUCUUGACUAAUAGAUCUUCAGACCUUCUUUCACAGUUUUCUUUGCACAUUGGCUGUUUUUUCACUUAUGUUCAGUCCAGUCCUUAUGCCUGACUAUCUACAGAGGAAGGUUUUUUCUUUGUCAUUGUUAAAUGGUUUAACAUACUUUGAAUCCUUCAAGCAGUUACAAAAGGUGUCCAACUUAUGUAUACACAACACUGUUACGUAUACACACAACACAGACAACUAGGCAAAGAACUAAUCUGAAAUAGUAUUUUAAGACACUUUGAUGCCAGCUGCCUGUCACAAAAACACAUCAUCUGUUCCAAUUUUUUUUAGCUGAAUUGAUGAAAAAUGCCCGCUAUAACAGUUUGACAGAUGUAAAAUAGAAUUUUUGCACCAACAAGAUGUUUCCCAAAGAGCUAUUAACCAAAAGCUUAGCAUACCUCAGCAUGGUGUGCAGUGUGUCCUUAGACAAUUUUGAGGAAACUAGAUAAAUGCAGGACUAAAGAAGUGACGGGCCUAAAGUCGACAUAAAUUAAUGAGCCACAAAAUGAAUAAAUAAUGAAAUAAUCAGUGGCUAACGUGAGGCAAUGGAGGCAUUUUUGAGUUGAUUAGAAUCUAAGCUUAUUGGCAUCAAUCACCAAAAAAAAUAAAUAAUCACGGCUUUGUGCUUUUUGGUUUUUUAAAAAUGUGCACCUUUUGUGGGCACAGACUUUCUUCAUAGAAGGCUUUGGUCCACGUGUUUUUCAUUCAGUAGCUUAUGUCAGUGCCUCUGUGUUUAUAGGAGCUGCAUCACAGUUUAUUCUUUAUAAGUUUAAUCUGUUUGUUGGUUGUGUUGUUUUUUUUUCUCUCAGUUAUGAUACGUUACUGUGUGCGCUUUAUGCCAGGAGAUAUCACAGGCGUUAGAUGUGGUGAUCCACGCGGUGCAAUAAAACGAAAACAGAAGAAUAUUG